CUAGUAUAAGGCCGGAUCCACACAGCAAACACGCCCCCAUCCACACUUUAUUAUGGUACAUGUAAACUAGUACGUAGGGAGCCACACAUCACACAUCAUUGUACAUGUUAAGGAGUCGUUGACGGGUAUACGUCCCUGCUGCUUUGUCGAUGUUAUCAAAUGACGGUAUGUAUUUACUCUUACCUCACUCUUCUCGAUGCUGGGUCGUUUAUGUAAAGAUAUAUAUAUCCCCUUACCCAGCUUCUCAAAAAUGGAUCUGAUAUUUCCUCCUUAACCCAAACCAUUAGCUACUCAAAAGGAUCUCGAGUGUCCUUCGUCUUGAAGAGUAAAAUCUGCAAGACAUCCAACAGAAUAAUCAACAAUAACAAUAACAACAACAACAGCAACCGCCUUGGCUGGUCCUUUUUAAGCCCACAGUUACUUAUUUGCUUUUAUAUCGCGUGUAGAGUUCGAUCAUUACAUUUUCUCUUCUUCAACCUCUUAUUUCACCAUGUCUUUGGAACCGCAACAGCCAACCUUCCACCGCGGCAGCUUUGCCGAUGAGAUCGAGACUGCUCGAACCGAUCUUGCCCGUAAGCUGCUCGUCGGUUCCCCGGCUACCAGUCCGUCCGACUCGGAGACGGCCCCGUCGCUGAGCCCGGCCGCCAGCGCCACUUCUUCCACCCCGGAGUCGGACGCGGCCAUCUCUCCCAUCUCUCCCCCCGUCGACGAAGAACUCGUUGCCGACAGCUUUGCCUUCGCCUUCGACAUCGACGGCGUCCUAGUCCGAGGUGGUCGUCCCAUCCCCGAAGCCGUCCAGGCUAUGAAAGUCCUGAACGGCAAUAACAAGUAUGGAAUCAAGAUUCCGUAUAUCUUUUUGACCAACGGCGGCGGUAAGACCGAGGCUGAGCGAUGCGGCGAUCUCUCCAGCCAGUUAGACAUUGAGAUCUCCCCGGCUCAGUUCAUCUGCGGGCACACGCCUAUGUCCGAAAUGGCCAACAAGUACAAUACAGUCUUGGUCGUGGGCGGCGAAGGCGAGAAGUGCCGUACCGUCGCUCAAGGCUACGGGUUUAAGGACGUCGUCACCCCCGGCGACAUCAUCAAGGCCGAUGCUGCCACGACGCCGUUCCGCAAACUGACACCUGAGGAACUUCGAAAUUCGAAGGAGCGCGACUUUAGCAAGGUUACUAUUGAAGCCAUCUUCGUCUUUGCCGAUUCGCGUGAUUGGGCGGGAGACCUGCAGAUCAUCCUAGACCUGGCCAUGUCCAAGGGUGGCCGCAUCGGAACUCUAUCCGAGACCUUUGACGAGGGCCCACCGAUCUUCUUCUCUCACAACGACGUGGUUUGGUCCGCCGCACACGACAACGUCCGCCUCGGCAUGGGCGCCUUGCGGGGUAUCGUAGAAUACACGUUCAAGGAGGUCACCAAGGGUAAGACAUUGGAGACUCACGCCUUCGGCAAGCCUCAGAUCGGAACAUUUGAGUUUGCCACACGCCUACUAAAGCGAUGGCGCAUGAAUCAGCAUCGCCUGAACAAGCCCCCGGAGACUGUCUACUUCGUCGGCGACACUCCCGAGAGCGAUAUUCGAGGAACCAACCAAUACAACGAGAAGGCCGAGAACGACUGGUACAGCAUUUUGGUUAAGACUGGUGUCUACCAGGACGGCACCGAGCCGGCCUACAAGCCUCGCGUCACCGUGAAUACAGUUUUAGAUGCUGUGAACCACGGAAUUGAGCGCGAGAUGGAGCGCAGGAAGAAGAAUCAGACGCAGAAGCCGCGUCUUUCCGAUAUGCCCAAGCUGAGCUUGGAAGAAGCUCAGGACUGUGCCGUAUUCAGCCCUGCUGAGGAGCGCCCUCUUGAGCUUACUGCAUGAUGUUACGAAUGUCACGAACCGGGUUUACUUUUUAGAGGCAACAUAUUUAUGAUACCAUUGUCUAUUAUUUUAACUGUCGUCCUCUGUUUUAUCAUUUUAUUUUAUCACUAUUCACUCUUUGCGCAUGGAAUCAUGUUGUAGAAAGGGGCAUUCGUUCGGGUAUCGCUAGGGAUAUCAAAUUAUGAUCAGACGGGAUCAAUGUCUAUCUGAAUAUCGUUGGACAUAUUAUGCAUUAGGUGGCGUUAUUGAUAUAAAACUGAUAGAUAAUAUCAUGUUCUCUUAAUGAAGCA